AUGUCUACUCGCAAUAUCCUCGUUACAGGUGCUACCGGCAAGCAGGGAGGAGCUCUCAUCAAAGCCCUCCUAGCAAAACCACCUCCUUAUGACCAUCACAUCCUCGCUUUGACUCGCAAGACCACCUCCGCUGCGGCAAAAGCUCUGGCAGCCAAUCCUAAAGUUACCCUCGUCGAAGGCGACCUCGAGAAUGCUGGAAGCAUCUUCACAAAAGCAGGGGGAGUGGGCUCAGUCUUCGCAGUCUUCUGCGUCGUACUCCCGUCGAUGAAAAAGAACACCGAGGGUCAGGAGACCCGACAGGGAACCAAUCUGAUUGAUGCCGCCCUGGCUCAUGAUGUCAAACAUUUUGUCUAUUCUUCAGUCGACCGUGGCGGAGCAGAUCAAUCAGAGGUGGAUGCUACCAAUUACAAAACCGAAAAGCACCUCCAAGAGAAGACUCGUGGAACCAGCAUGACCUAUACAAUCUUGCGCCCAGUCGCAUUUAUGGAGAAUUUGACCCCCAACUUUGGUGGGCGCGUGUUUGGAGCGAUGUGGAACACAAUGGGGACAAAGAAACUACAAUUGAUUUCGACAGCAGAUAUCGGCGUGUUUGCAGCACAAGCAAUUUCUGCACCCCAAGAUGAUGCAUACAAAAACACGGCGAUCAGCUUAGCGGGUGAUGAGCUCACACAAGCAGAGGCCAAUGAGGUUUUCUGGAAAGUGCUGGGCCGGCCAAUGCCACUCAGUUACGGAUUCGUGGCCACUUUGCUCCAAAAAGCCGUUCCUGAACUUGGCAUCAUGUUCAAUUGGUUUGUGAACCAAGGUUAUGGUGCUGAUAUUGCGCAGGAUCGUUCGUUGAAUGGUGAUCUUCUCGACUUUGAGGCCUGGCUACGAACGAAAAGCGGUUUCAAAAGAUAA